ACGGUGCCGUUCGCGGAGCUAGUCUCGCUCGGUCUUCCCUCGGAAUGGAUUCGAGCGAGUAUACAGAGACUUCGACUCGGUGCACAGAGAGACACGGGCGGAAAGUUCUUCAACAGUUACAGAAACAGCUCGGAGGAAAAUUCUGCAGCGUUGUCCUCGUGUCGAGAGACGGUCAGAAGUUCAGUUGCCACAAGGGCGUUUUGGCGGCGAACUCGCACGUACUCGAAGAGAAACUGACCAAGAGCGGCAAGUCGGACAAAUGUCAAAUGCAGCUCGACAUCAACGGUGAUGUUCUCGCGGAGCUAGUCAAUUACUUCUAUUCGGGAGUCGCCCGAUUCGACGAACUCAACUGCAUCGAACUUCUGGAGGCAUCCGCAUCUCUCGCGAUAACGUCACUCGAGGACGAGCUCAAAAUGUACAUAGGAAACAUCGCUCGUAGCAAUAUGGAGGAUUUCAUCAAGAGUGAUUUAUUCUUCCGCUUGCCUCCCGAUAUCAUGGAUGAGACACUGAGUAACGCGCUGAUCAGUGUGAUCGCAGGACGCCGAGAGCAGGUUUUGGAAGUGGUUAAAGCCCUCGCAAAGUGGGCGAAUGCAGAUCAUCUGACCAGGUUUGAAGUUUACAUCAAGCUGAUAGAGCGCAUUCAGAAUUUCAAAACCCCCACGAGACAGCUGUCGUGUCCUGAGAAGCCUCGCCGGCCGGCGCCAGUGCCUCCGUCGCCGUCGCGGAGCAACUCGGUCAAUCAAGUAUUGCACUCGACUCCUUUGCCUUUGGUCCGGACCAAAUUAUCGUUGAACAUUCCUGAAGAGAGCACUCUUUCCCACUAUGAACGUGAAAUGAGAGACGUCAUUGACAGGCUCAAAAUGAAAAAUAUCGGCCUCGAUGACGAUGACGAAGAUUUUGUCGCAAAAUUGUGA